AAGAGAAAAACAUUGUGUGUGUGUGUGUGUGUGUGUGUGUGGGUGGGUGCAAAGCCCGUCUCAGGCAUGCAUCCCGCCUCACCGCAACAUGGAGACGAAUCGGAACGCAAAGAAAAAAGAGUAAGCUAGUAAGAGAAUGGCUAUUUUUUUUAGUUUAACUGGGCGAAAAAGGACGCUAUGUUUCAGGUUUCGGGUUCUGGAGGUGAAGGGGCGGUCUGUACAGAAUGCAUGCAGCAGGUGGAGGGAGGGGGGGUCGUGUGCGCAUAUAUCUCUGUGUGUGUGUGUGUGUGUGUGUGUGUGUGUGUGUAGAGACCGAGCCUAUGGUAGACAAGGGCAAUUGGGAGGAGAUGCCGGACCCGCGAUGUGCAUAGUAACAGCGGUUGCGGUUGCGGUAGAUGUGGGAGAUCCACACAUACGUUGGGAGGGGGGAAUGAUUUUUUUCCACCCGAAAGUUGGGGAUUGUUAUUAGGGUUUAUUUGCAAGUACAGGUUUUUUUUGGGAUUACGAUUGGUUGGUUAACUGUCCGGUCUUCGGCCGGAUUAUAUAUAUUUUUUAGAAUUGUGA